AUGGACGCGCCACAAGAUUAUUCAAACCUAAUGGCCACUCCUUUCUCUAACACUGAGGAUUCGUAUGUAUUCAGCUAUAUGAAUGGACUUUCUCCAAUAAAACCAGAUAAGCCUGUUCAGCAAAAUCAGGCAUUAAGCUCCACAAUCUUUUGCUCCCCUCCAUCUGUUUUCACAUCCCCCCAUGUCUCCUAUCGCAAGGAACAUGGAAUCCUCCAUAGCCACGCUCCUUUUCUGGAUUCACCAAAGCCAACUGUUUCAUUUGAACGUGGCUUACAAAUAAGUUCAGGCGAAGAAGCUGUUUCAUACACAGAUCUUGCACAUCGUGACUCAAGUGAGCUCCAGGAAAGUACUGAUCAAGGGAAUGCUUUGGUUGAACAAUUAAGCAGAAAAUGUACACUUGACAUGCCAAAGGGUUCAAUGUAUGAUUGUGGGAGCCCUAGUUCUGACGAGACAAUUUCUAGCAUUGUCCGGGGAUUAUUUGCACCAGUAUCAGAAAAUAAUGAACGACCAGGAUGUGAUUGGGAGGGUCUUACUCCCAAUGAGACCGGUACUCUUGAGGGUCUGACCCAGAAAUCAUUGGGUCCCAUAAUUAGACCUGGUUUUUUUAUGCCUCCGUUACCACAAAAUAGCUUUAGGAACUCGCACACUGUUGACUCACAAUAUCAAAGUAUAGUCAAAACAGCCACAGAAACUGAGCAAAGGCAGGACAAUAUUUUCAAUUUGGCUGUGAUGGCUAGCAACCUCAAUGAGAGAAUGGAUAAUGAGAUGGCCACCCACAAGACAAAUCAGUCCAUCCAACUCAUCUCCUUCCUUCAUGUCUCUACAAGCCAACAGCUUGAUCAAAUAUCACCAAUGUAUAGAAUGCCCCAAAGAGACCUGCAUGCCCAAAACGGUUGGACUCAGCCGGCAUUAGAUUAUUCACAACCAACAGCUCUAUUUAUUGGUGAAGGUUAUAAUCGAAAUAGCUCCAACAGGAAAAGGCGUAAGUCAGAGCCUGCUAAAGAAGGUGAAGGUUGCAAGCAUUGCAAAUGCAAGGUCUCAAAUUGCUUGAAGCUUUACUGCGAGUGCUUUGCUUCUCGCGUCUACUGCGUGGGAUCUUGCUCCUGUCGAAACUGCUUCAACAAGCCAAUUCAUGAAGAAAUUGUGCUUAAAACUCGCAAGGACAUUGAGUCUCGUAACCCUCUUGCAUUUGCUCCCAAAGUCGUCAUCACAAAUGCUGGUUCUUUACCUGAAACUGGGGCUGAUCCAAACAAAACUCCAGCUUCAACAAGACACAGAAGAGGAUGCAACUGCAAGAAAUCUGGGUGCCAAAAGAAAUAUUGUGAAUGUUACCAGAAUGGAGUUGGUUGCUCCAUUAGAUGCAGAUGUGGAGGAUGCAUGAACGAAUAUGGGAGAAAUUAUGGUUCUUCUGAAUUAAGAAUAGAAACUGAAACCGGAACAAAUGAAUCCUGUGAAAUGGUUAUGGCAGAAAAAGCUUCACAGAUAAAUGAAACUCUAAAAGGAAAUCCAAAUUCUGCUGCUCCUUCCCCAACAUCUGCAGGGUCUCGCAGAUCAAGGGCUCCAUUGCGUGGUUCAUCAAGGAGAAGACAACCUAGUAAUUUGAUCACUCCAGCUGCUUCUAGAUUUCAUGCGAGCCUGUUAAACUUUGAAUAUAAUCUCCAAAGCAAUCCAGAACUGGAAAUUCCAGAGAUUCUCCAAGUUGGUGAUGGCUCUCCUGUCCCAUGCAUGAACAACACUUCUAAUAGCCCUCCAUUUCCUUCUUUCAACCCUCGCCAAUAG